AUGCUAACGAGGCAUUUGGUGCAAUCAUUGCCCCCUAUUGCUGUCACACACGCAUUUGCACGCUGCAACGAGCCGUUGAGCACGGAUAUCCAGCCAGCCAUCCACGUUGACUCGGUAUCCUGCGACUGGAUACGGAUGUGCCUCGCUUCCAGUAGCGUAGCGCUUACCGCGCGUCUGGUCCGUGGUCCUGCGCGCUGGAGUAAUCCUCGUGGUCCCCCAAAGACCGGGCGCGGCAUGCAUGUCUUGGUCCUCGCUCAGUAUCGUCGCCAAUCAGCUCUCGCCACGACAGGCCUGAAGCCAUCCACUCGGUCACCACGGGUUCAGCUACAGCAAUGCUGCACGGGGCCUCACCUCUCUUUGCCUUACUACCCGCCGAGCUACACAGCUGAGCUCGAAACCAAGGUGUCGUUACGGCGAAAGCCUCGCUGGCUGUCGUAA